AUGCUGGCAGAGAUAUUAACGGAGAAAAGUCAUGAUUUUACGUAUGCUCCUGAUAAAAUUGCUUACGAGUCUAAGAUGUCUUCCUCGCUAAUAGAAUCGGGUAGUUGUGCAAAUACAAUAAAAGAAAUGCCACUGUCUAGUGAUAUUCAAAUCAACGUUAAUAAACCAGAUCUGAAUGUUAUAAACACUGUCGAUAAUAUGAAGAAGAAAAAAACAAAUAAAUAUCAGCUAAAAAGAAGGUUGUCAUCGCGAUUAAAUAAUACAAAGCAGAUUACAAAAUUCGAUGGUGAUGAUAAAGUUUCAAGUAUUAAAUGUCCUAAACAAAACGAUCAUGCCGACGAAAGUAAUGGUAAAUACGAAAAAAUAGUUUUAAAAAUUAACAAAAUGCAUAUAUUGCCUAUGAAAAAUAAUGAGGAUAAUUCUGAAUAUACCAUUAAUAAUGAUUUUGAUAUGCUUCUAACAAGUGGGGAGUGCCAAAAUUUGCCUGUUAAAGUAGUUACAGAUGACAGUUGUGAAUUGAACAAUAAAUUACUUUCCGCACCUGAGUUAAUGCUUAGCAAAACAUCGGACAAACUCUAUUCUGAUUCUUCAAUCGACGAUGUCGCUGUUUCGUCUAUGAACGGUAACCAAACUAUAUUCAUAAAUCUGACGGUAUUAUAA